GUUGACGCGGGCGGCAAUCGGUCAGGUCAGCAGCGUGUGGACGUUUGAAUUUCCGAGAGAAGAACAAAAAAGUGCUGAGUUUGUUUGUUUCCUUUGGUUUGAAAAAGUGGCAGUUGGGAAGAAACAUAGCAGGCGCUUCAAGCAGAGUGGAUCAAAUUAUAAAUGAGAAUGAUGAAUACUGCCAAUUAUCGACGCCUAAUUAGCCGCCGCUCAUCAUCGUCGUCGUCAUGGAAAUGGAGUUUGCUGUUGUUGGUUGCUUUGAUCGGACUUCAAAAGCAAUCCCACGGGGCCUCCUUUGAUCUCGCAGGUGAUGGGAAUGGCGAAUUGUUUGAAUACGAGUACAACGUUGUGUAUUACGAUGAGGAAUCAACUGCGGAAAGCACCACGGUGACAGAGCCUUCAGUGACGGUUACGACCGAACCGGUGACAGAACAGGAGAAGGUGGAGGAAGUGACGUUGACGACUGAGCCGGAGGCUGUUGCUGCGAACGAUUUCUAUUGCCAGAAGGAUCUGUGCUUGCAGUAUGAUUUCACCGGACAGUUGGUAGCCAAGAAGCACGUGGCAUGCGGUCACGAUGGAUCGUUUGCGGAGGAUUGUCCGACAGGGCGUACACUGUUCAAGAUCGAUCCUCAGAUUAGGAUGUUUCUCAUUCACUUGCACAACGAGGCGAGAAACCGGCUGGCCAAUGGGUCUGUGAGCGGUUUCGAGAGUGCACUGCGGAUGCCUACUGUGGAAUGGGAUGAUGAACUUGCAGAGUUAGCGGAACUAAACGUUAAAAGCUGCCAGUUUAAGCAUGACGAGUGCAGAAAUACUGAUUUGUACCGACAAGCUGGUCAGAAUCUGGCCCUUGGGUACUAUCCGGUUCCGGAAGACAUAUUCGACAUUUUGGAAAAGUUGACGAACCUGUGGUUUAACGAGUACAAGGAUGCAAAUCAGCAAGUGAUGGACGAAUACGAUAAUCUGCCAAACGCCACGAUUGGCCACUUCACGCAGAUGGUGAGCGAUCGGACCACCAAAAUCGGAUGCGGAAUCGUCAUCUACCCGAAAAAGGUUUCCGGAUUCACGUUCAAAGUGGUGCUGUACGCGUGUAACUAUUCAAUCACGAGCAUUUUCGGCCAACCGGUGUAUAGGAAGGGCCCUGCAGCGGCCAGUUGCGUCACCGGUGCCAAUCCGUACUACGAAAGUUUAUGCAGCGUGGAGGAGAACCAGUUUGUCAAAUCGGUGCCGUUUUACGAUGUUUAAGAGUUUCGUUGUUCAUUUGUUAUGUUAUAUCGUUAGAAUAAAAGCCAUUUUACUCCUAUCUCCUACCUCCAACCAUUUAUUUAAACGUUUACGUUAGCAAUUAUACAGAUAUUUGAACAAUUUAAUUAAGAGUACAUACAGACUUAUGCAGAAUAUGUAAUUUUCAACUAAAAAUUUACUUAUUCGAAACACAAAGUUGAAAA